CGGACCCUGCUUUCCACAGUCGGCUGAGAAGGAGCGCGUCGCUCGUCGGAUGACGCGAAUUUACGCCGACUCGAAGGCUCGAAGGGGACAGAAAGCGUGGAAGAAGGCAGUCGCUGAGCGCGGAUUUGGGGACGCGAGCAGAAAUGGAAACUGAAAAUAAGAAAACUAUGGCAGAAAGCACUGAGAAGAGAAAAGAAGAAAAAAAGAAACGCUCAAGGGUUAAACAGGUGCUUGCAGAUAUUGCCAAGCAGGUAGACUUCUGGUUUGGGGAUGCAAACCUUCACAAGGACAGGUUUCUUCGCGAGCAAAUUGAAAAAUCUAGAGAUGGAUAUGUGGACAUCUCUCUUCUGGUAUCUUUUAACAAAAUGAAGAAGUUAACCACUGAUGGGAAGCUAAUAGCAAGAGCAUUGAAAAGCUCAUCUGUAGUAGAGUUGGACUUAGAAGGAACCAAAAUCCGGAGAAAAAAGCCCCUAGGUGAGAGACCAAAGGAUGAGGAGGAACGCACCGUGUAUGUGGAGUUACUCCCCAAAAAUGUUACACAUAGCUGGAUUGAAAGAGUGUUUGGGAAAUGUGGCAAUGUGGUUUACAUAAGCAUUCCACAUUACAAGUCUACAGGGGAUCCCAAGGGAUUUGCCUUUGUGGAGUUUGAAACUAAAGAACAAGCAGCAAAAGCCAUUGAGUUUCUUAACAACCCACCCGAAGAAGCACCAAGAAAACCUGGCAUAUUUCCCAAGACAGUGAAAAACAAACCCAUCCCUUCCUUAAGAGUAGCUGAAGAGAAGAAAAAAAAGAAGAAGAAAGGCAGACUAAAGAAGGAAGACAGUGUGCAGGCCAAAGAGUUAAGUAUAGACACCGGUAGCAUGGGAGUGUGCAAAGCUAAGAGACCAAGGACGGCCUCUGAAGGCUCUGAAGCAGAGACUCCUGACGUUCCAAAGCAACCUGCAAAGAAAAAGAGGAAACGAGACAAGGUUGAGGCAUCCGUCUUACCUGAAGUCAGAACAGGGAAGAGGGAGAGAAGCAGCGCUGAGGACGAAGACUGCCUCCCCCCCAGGCCAAAAACCAAGAAAAGGGCUCAGAAGGAUGGCCUUAGCGAAGCUGCUUCUGAAGUCUCCAAGGAGAGCAGAGGUACUGUGUUAGGAUUAGACAGUGCAGACGUUUUAGUUUAUUUCCCAACUACAACUUGUCUUACGAGAAUCUUUUUUCUAGACUUAGAAUUCUGCUCUACAGAAGAGGAGAAGGAGACUGGAGACACAAAAGGUGACUCACUCCUGAAAGUGAAAAGGAAGCAUAAGAAAAAACAUAAGGAGAGACAUAAAAUGGGAGAAGAGGUUAUACCGUUGAGAGUGUUGUCCAAAACUGAGUGGAUGGAUUUGAAAAAAGAGUACUUGGCACUGCAAAAAGCCAGCAUGGCUUCUCUGAAAAAAACAAUAUCUAAGAUAAAAUUGGAGUCAGAAAUGGAAACAGACUGUGUGGCGGCUGCUAAGUCUGGAGUGAAUAAUGGAAAAGUCGGCCCUCCAGAGUGCUGCACCCAGGAGAAGGCCAGUGCACAAGGUCCACAGUUCGUGAACGGAGUUAUUGUGAAGAUCACGAGCACAGAGCCUCUACCUGGCAGGAAACAAGUCAGGGAUAUUUUGGCCACAAUCUCAGAAGUUGUUUACGUUGAUUUGCUAGAAGGAGAUACUGAAUGCCAUGCCCGGUUCAAAACUCCUGAGGAUGCUCAGGCGGUAAUGAAUGCACAGACUGAAAUUAGAAAGAAGCACUGUUGGAACCUCGAGGUCCUUUCUGGUGAUCACGAGCAGAGGUACUGGCAGAAGAUUUUGGUAGAUAGACAGGCCAAACUUAAUCAACCUCGGGAGAAGAAAAGAGGCACAGAAAAGUUAAUCACCAAAGCUGAGAAGAUUAGACUGGCCAAGACUCAACAAGCCAGUCAACACAUUCGAUUCUCUGAGUAUGAUUGAGAAGGACGGCAGCUCCAUUUGGGUUUCUCUUUCUGGAGCGUUCUUAGAAUGCUAGGACUGCUUGAUAGAUGUUCUGCUGAGUUCUACAUUAAAAAAGCAAAAAGAAACCUUUGUUCCUCAAUGUGUAAAUAAGACUUUUCUUAGAAACAAAUGAAUUAUAUGUCACAGUUUGUUUUUUUUCAGUGAAGCUUACUUGUUGAAAUUAUGCAGGUCAACUUAAUGAUUUCAUAAAUAAAUGGGUUUUGAAAACUA